GCCGGCCGUUGCGACAGCGCGUCUCGAUAAUAUACAACAUACACUUUACUAUAUCACGUCCGAGAUGAACUCUUUCGUAUUCAUAUGCACCACGUUCUUGAACGCCAGUAUAAACGUGUGUACACGUGUGUUCCUGCUAGUGCUGAGUGCGAGUGUGUACCAAGGGUUUGUGCUGGUUGAGGUGUUCCUGAAUAGCUACAAUUUGGUGUAUCCCCCGUAUUUUGCGAAGCCUAUAACUAAGGGACAAUAUUAUGUGUCGAGUAUUGUUGGUGGGACAGUGACGGUAGUAGCUACGAAGACCAUCAUGCUGAACGGCUUCAUGCGAUGGCUGCUCCGGUUCCUAGUGUCGCUGAUAGCCAUCGGGGUGCGGCCGCUCACGUACCUGCUAACGGUGCGGCGCACGCGCAAGUGCCCGCCGCCCGCCAACCCUGCGCUCUUCAAGUCCGCCACCACGCUCACCAACAUGAUCAGGAACAGACAGAUCACGUCAGAAGAAGUGGUAGCGGCUUACAUAGAAAGAUGUAAAGAGGCGAAUCCUUACCUCAACGCCAUAGUGGAGCCGCGAUACGAGCAGGCACUUAGAGAAGCUAGGAGCAUCGACAAGAUGAUCGCGUCUACUGAUAGGACGCCAGAGGAGCUAGGCAAGGAGUAUCCCCUGCUGGGUGUGCCUAUGACUGUCAAGGAGAGCAUCGCUGUUGAAGGAAUGAGCAACGACUGCGGCACCGUCCGUCCGAGCCGAGUGCCGGCCACCAAAGACGCAGCCAUCGUCAGCCUGGCGCGCGCCGCGGGUGCCAUCCCCAUCGCCGUCACUAACACACCACAGCUCUGCAUGAACUGGGAGACAUACAAUAACGUCACCGGGCUUACGAUGAACCCUUUUGAUCAGAAGAGGACCACAGGAGGCUCGUCGGGUGGAGAGGCAGCGUUAAUCUCGUCGGCAGCGUCCAUCGUUGGCGUCGGCUCCGACAUCGCGGGUUCUCUCCGCCUACCGCCCAUGUUCUGUGGCAUCUUUGGACACAAGCCCACUCCUAAAUUGCUGUCCAUCGAAGGUCAUAUUCCAGACUGUCUGGACUCAGAAUUUGAAGAAUAUUUUGCUCUGGGACCUUUAUGCCGGUACGCGGAAGAUCUGACGUUACUUUUAAAAGUUUUAAGACAACCUGGCGGUCCAGAUGUGCCUUUGGACAAACCCGUGGAUGUGUCCAAGCUGAAGUUUUAUUACAUGGAAGGUGACAACAGCAACGUCACAGAUAAAAUCGGAUCGGAUGUGAAGAAAGCCAUGGAAAAAGCUAAAGCACAUAUAAAGAAUACGUACAAUAUUGAAGUCAAAGAGCUCAAGAUCAAAAACAUGGAACACAUCUGGGAGAUCAGUAUUCGGGUUCUAAUGAACAUCCGUCACGUUCGCAACAUAUACACUGAUCCUGAGAAAAGAGACCAAUGGGUGUCAGUUUGGCCGGAAGUUCUUAAGAAAAUGGUCGGUCUUUCAGACCAUAACUUCACUUGUGUGGCUUACGGGCCACUGCAGAAGUUUUUCGAUUCGUUACCAAAGAGCUAUUAUGCAAAGUUGUUGAGAAUUUUUGAAGAAAUUAAGCAAGAUUUCGAGAAAGCGCUAGGAGACGACGCCGUAUUAAUAUACCCAGCGUACCCGUACCCAGCCCAUCUCCACUACCGGGUAUACUACAAAUUCCUAAACUGCGGUUACCUGACCAUUUUCAACGCCCUAGGCCUCCCAGUCACGGCCUGCCCAAUGGGUCUCACAGAGAAAGGCCUGCCAGUGGGUCUACAACUUGUGGCUAACAAGUGCCACGAUCACUUGACGAUAGCGGUCGCUAAAGAGUUUGAAAAAGCCUUUGGAGGCUGGGUGCCGCCUAAUAGAGAACCUGUCAGUGUUUAAUUUAAGUUAAUUGUAUGAUGAGAUUAAUUAUAUACGGAGAAAACUGCGUUAUAUAAAAUACACGGUGGCUAAAAAAUGACUGCAUUCCCUUUGCCAGGGAGGUUUUGAGAUUAUACUGAGCAACUUUUACUAUGGGACCAACCCCGAAAUCGCGAAAAAAAAUUUACCCUCCCGUAGAAAAUGGACCAGCCAAAAUGUAUGAAACGGCCAAAUUUUUUUUUCGGGAUUUCGGGGUUGGUCCCAUAGUAAAAAUCGCUCAGUAUCAUCCCAAAACCUCCCUGGCAACAGGAAUGCUGUUAUUUUUUAGCCACCGUGAAUAUUAUAUUAUAUUACCUAUUACCUAAGUAUCUUGUUGUCACUGUCGUACCUAAAUGAAUAGGUCGUAGGAGUUGUAUCAUUAAGUCCGUCUAAGCUAAUUUUGCACCGAAUUGAACAGAACAAGGCGAGGGAGUGUCAUUGAUGUCAUUAUAAAAGUAAUAUUUUCACAGAAAUUUGACAUUAAUGAUGACAUUGCCUCACUUUGUCAUUGGAAAUGCCACGCAGAGUUAGCUUGGUCUGACUCUAAGAAUUCUUUCUUCUGCUUGAAUUAAAAAAAAAAUUAAAAGCAACUCUCCCAUGAACGGAAUUGCCUCUUGACUUUAGAAGUACAUAUUUGUACUUACUCGGUAACCUACAGGAAUCUUUGAAUCUAUAAUGACUGAAAAGUUCUUUAUAUACGUACAUACCUAGUAUGCAAUUGAUAUUAAAAUUUAGCAUAAGCAAUUAAGCGUCGGUAUUUUAUGUCUUAAGGAUGACCCACGCUAGACCAGGGCGGGGCCGGGCCGGAGCUUUGGGCGCUUCGUUUUCUAUGGAAACACCACGUGAUCGUGAGCAGCCGUCAUGGAAAAUGACAUGUCGGACGCCUCGGCCCGGGCCCGGCUCAGUCUAGCGUGAGACAUCCUUUAAUGUAGUUGUAUAGGAUUCUACUGUGAUAAUGUCAGAACAAGUAACUAAAAUGUUUAAAUUGUGGCAUUAAAGUAUAACGAAUUUAGAGGAAUGAAUGCACAAAAUCUAAUUAAUUUUUUUACAGUACAUCUUGAUGUGUUCCAUUACGACACCCUGUGCUAUACGUAACUAGGUCAAAAUUUUAAAGGUCCAUUACCUACUGUAAAACGUGCGAAUAGGUAAUUCGCAACUCGUGUCGAAAAUUCGCCACCCCUUUGCGUACCUAUUUCCUACUUUUCGCACUUGUAUCGUAUAGAACUACUUAUUUCAUUACUGCACAUACAUUAUUUAUAUUUUUCAAAUAAAUUUUGUACCAAA